UAAACCCGGAUCGAAAUUUCUGAUUACAGUACUUUCCAUCUGGUCACCCCAAGAAUAUCACGAAAGCUACCGUGAUGGCAGAAAUCCAAUACAGUAUAGUCGAACGUACUCAAAUUUCCGAUGAUCAACUCAACGAACUAGUCGAUCUCUGCACAGAGUCAUUUGGGAAGGAUAACAGGGAUCUGAUCGUGCUUCAAACACUAGCAGGCGGUCGUGAGGAGACGAAAAAGAAAGCGUUCUAUAAGCUGGUCUGGAGUACAGGGAAGCUGUUCGUUGCAGUGAGAGAUGGCAGCACAGAGCUUCUCGGGGCUGCCGUUUGGUAUAAGCCCAGAGAGACACCGGAUGAAACUCUCAGUGCUCAAGACGCGUCGUGGCCCGACUUGGUGGCUUGGAAGAAAGAAGCGGCCGAGAUCUUGAAGGACGUGAACAAGUCCGGACAGAAUAUUGCCCCUUGGUAUCUGAAUCUCAUCGCUGUCCAUCCGAAAUAUCAAGGUCUCGGAAUAGGCCGUGCACUAAUAGAAGAUGGUCGAAGACAGUCAAAUGGCGCCGAGCUGUUGCUACAUGCCUCCAAUGAGCACAAUGUCCAAAUCUACACAAGACUUGGCUUCACGUUGCAGAAAUCAACUUUUGUUCGCGGACCUUAUGGAAACUUUACAAUGUACUUGCUCGCGAUGCCACCGCCUCCAUCCCCAUGAUCCUGACUACAAAUUCAAUAUAAUCCCGAGGCAUCCAAGAGGGACUCAUUGAAUACAUAGCCUUCACAUCUGUAUCCAAGCAAACUUGAAACUGCAACGCGGCGUGGCUGAGCCCCGUUCCGUUUGAUCAUCUUUUUCCGUUUCUUGAUCCCACCAGGACCCAUUGUAUUGCAGACGUGUAUCACGACAAGUCAGGGAAUUACAUUUGAGGUUUGAGGUAGGUUUUGCUGGCUGGGCAAGCGAGGGGGUGGGCUUAGAGAAUUGUAGAUUUAUUUUCCUUCCGAGGAGGAUUGUUAUUGGAGAGCAAGACGGUAGAGACGAUGGGGAAAACACUGGGUGCGUAUAGGCGCGUAUAGGGCCGUCCGACGACCCCGACCGAACCGACGAUGGCGGUGCGAGGACCGUUCCAGACAAAAUUUAGAAUCGAAAAGCUAUUUAGACCG